GUGGAUCUAGAAAGUACAAACCAGAACUAGAAAAGGCAACUGCUUCGCUCUGCCUAAAAACGCAAAAUAAAAUGGCAUUUUUAAGGUCAGUGACGACAACCAUAAAGACUGCUAUAGCAGCCUCUACUGUACCUGCGGCCUUUGUUCUCACUUCUUCUCAAUCUUCAAAUCUUAAUCCUAAACCUCAUAACCUCUCUUUUCUCUCUAUCUCCUCUUCGUCCCUUCGCCCACCAACUCGCUUUGGCCUUGCAAAAAACUUGGCUUCUCCUCUCUCCGCCGUUAGCAUGGACGCACCCUCAUCCGACCCCAAACACACCUCUCAGGAAGAUUCAGUCUUGCCGGAGCUACUUACAGAAUUCAUGGUGGAUAUGAAGUGUGAAGGUUGUGUUAAUUCCGUCAGGAAUAAGUUGCAGACAGUUAAUGGAGUGAAGAAUGUUGAGGUGGACUUGGGCAAUCAAGUAGUGAGAGUUCUUGGUUCUUCACCAGUAAAGACCAUGAUUGAGGCUUUGGAGCAGACAGGUCGGAAUGCCAGGCUGAUUGGCCAAGGAGUCCCUGAAGACUUCCUAGUGUCUGCUGCUGUUGCCGAAUUCAAGGGUCCAAAUAUUUUUGGUGUGGUUCGCUUUGCUCAUGUAAAUAUGGAGUUGGUUAGGGUUGAAGCCAACUUUAGUGGGUUGUCACCUGGGAAGCACGGUUGGACUAUCAAUGAGUUUGGCGAUCUGACAAGAGGUGCAGCAAGCACUGGCAAAGUUUAUAAUCCUGCUGAUCAAGGAUCUGAAAAAGAGCCACUUGGCGACCUGGGAACAUUGGAGGUUGAUGAGAAAGGAGAAGCUUUCUUUGUAGGUGUGAAACAGAAGCUAAGAGUUGUUGAUCUUAUUGGGAGAUCAGUGGUGGUAUAUGAAACAGAAGAUAAAUCGAGUAAUGGCGGUCUCACAGCAGCAGUAAUUGCUAGAAGUGCCGGUGUUGGUGAGAACUACAAAAAGCUAUGCACAUGUGAUGGGACCAUCAUAUGGGAAUCAAGCGAUAAAGAUUUUGUCACCAGCAAGGUUUGAUAAUUCCAGUAAACCGACUCGUACUUGAGCAUUUAUGCACUUUGUUCAGCCAGUGAAGGGUUUGUUGUUUUGUAACGUGUAUCAUCAGCUUGAAAAAACGAAGGAAUUGUCAUCUAGAAAAUAAUAAUAAUAAUAAUAAGCUCAGGAUUCCUUACUUGAA